CACUCGACUGUUUCUGUCUGUCAGAUGCAACAUGGCGGCCUCUGCUGCUUCACGUGAGCUCUUCACGGAGGCGGUGAGAGCGGUUCUUCACUCUUGGCCGGUUCUUCAGAUCGCCGUGGACAACGGGUUUGGGGGCGUGUACGGAGAGCAGAAAGCUGAUUGGAUGGUGGACAUCGUCCAGCAGUACUUCCAUGACAACGCUGACCUGCAGAAGGGGGAGGUGGAGGACUACCUCGCUGACCUGAUGGAUCAGGAGUUCGACACCAUGGUGGAUGAUGAGAGUUUACCUCAGGUGUGUGACAGUCUGCUGCAGGCGUUCCUCCAGUGGCAGCAGGGGGCGCUGCAGCCGCUCCAACACACCAUCCACACUCUGACACAGAAGAAGACUCCGAGGGCAAAGGUCACCGCUCCGCCCACACAGUCUGACGAAGACAGCGACGACGACGCAGAGGGGAUGGAGUGUGAAUCCUCCUCCGGUCCAUCGGCCAGCAGCAGAGAUCCUCCUCCUCCUCCUCGGGAGGAAGAGGACGGCUGGACGGUUGUGCGUAAGAAGAAGUGAAGAUGAAGAUGUAGUGCAGGAUGAACUGUUGAGUCAGCUGACACGUUCUGAAUGGAGGCGGCGGCGGCGCCCCCUGGUGGAGAGACGCUCACGCCUCGUGGGCCGCUUGUUUUAUAUUAAACUGUCGACUGGC